CAGCACUCUAACUGUGCAAUUACCGACGCCUAUAGGUGCUACACUUGGUGCUACAUAGCGUGACUGUUUUCAUGUCGGAGAAGUUAAAUAAAAGCUAUCAGUUAUAGAGUGCUUAGUGUUUGUCGAAGAAGAUGCGCUUCCUUAGGUCUGACUCAAUAUUCCCGACCAUUAAGGCCGAGCGUGUGUGUGUUUGAUAGCCGACGAACAUUUUGCUGAAAGUGCUUUUUAACUUAACGCAACACUUUUCGGCCAUCACAGAUAUACUUUAACAGCUGUUGUAAAGCGAAGUUGUUUGUAUGGCUAUCGAUUGACAAGCCUUUUUGGCAAUUUGGGACUAUAUAGUUCUCGUCCGCUUUUAUUUGCCUUACAUUAAGCAUUUGGCCUAUAAUUUACUUGUAGGCAACCAAUAAUUCAGACAGAAUAUUGAGAACAAGUUUAUUUGAUUAUUCUUUCUGCAUGUUGAAAUAAUAGAUUUACUGUUCCAGGAUUAUGGACGAACAAAUGCGGAAAAGAAUUGUAAAGUAAAGGCAGCGGUGGAUAGAUCGUACCAUAAGUAUAGUACAAGACAUGUCCUCGACCCGUAUACGGCAUUUUAUUGCUACCGCAGUAGAUUUCGCUUUAUUUGUCAACAUCUGCUAAGGUCCGAAUUUGUUCCUGAUGCUGGCUGUCGGCUGUACGCUAGUAAAAUGGAGAUGUGUAUUACAACAGACGGCGACAUGGGUUGUUUUCUAUACCUGCUUCCAGGGUCGGAUUAGGUUUUCUCAAAAGGGACAAUGAACCACGAUGAACUGCUAACGCUUUAUUGCAACAACUGAAGAUGGGCCUUUUUGGGCAUGCCAUUUCUCUCCAAAGAGAAUAACAAGAACGUCUUCAUUGUCUUGAACAAUGCAGACUCUCCUUAUCUUCUGGUUCUGCGGCUGGCCAUCGGUGCAUACGUAUCGCUCUGAUAUAUACGAAACAAAGUUAAAGACAACAGUUUAGUACUUCAGGAUCUAGUAUAUAGCUGUAAGAAAUGAAGUGCAAAGGUUGCCAUUAGAAUUUCGCAAGGCAGCUUGAAUGACCGCGGCCAGACUUUUCCAUAGACAAACGGUUGAAUAAAAAUGGUUUUAUUACCUCUUUCUUAUAGGCUUGUACGAGUCGUUUCAGUACUAUGUACAAUUGAAAUAAAAAGAAAGAACACGUGCGUGUAGACGGCAAUGAACGCGGCACUUCUUUUUAUGUGAGGCUGAAUCUAGUGGUGCGUCUGAAUGGCUCUCGAGUCUAGACCGAUUUUUACCGCGUCCACUUACUAAUGUAUUGCGCAGGUUUAGCAUAUGUACUGUGUCACGUAUACACUCUCAGUCGUAAACUGGCGUUUUGGUCUCUUUCCAAUAAUGCAGCGCAGGCAGCCGAAUGCGUUAAGUGGAAUGCUGAUGUUGGCUUGGAAUGUAUGCAAGCAACGAUAUUUACAUUGAUCAGCUCACGGUCUUCUUAUUUUGUUACUAGAGUUGGUUCCUGAAAGUAGAAAGAAUACAAAGUAACUGCGUUUGUGGGAGCAUUUUAUUAUUCAGAUAGGAGAGCGAAGCUUUAUAUUGGUUUUUGCCGUGAUAACGGGAAUUUAGCUAAUGUCCCGGUAGUCUGGUUUACGGUAACUUAUUCCCUAUUCGUUUCCAACAGGGGUUCUGGAGGAUCUUAUUGUGGUGUUUUCGUUCUUUAAAAAGUAGUUAUCUGCGGGAUACGUGCAAAUUAUGUUUUGGCCUAUCGUGGUGGAGGCUUGUUGAGACGAACUAAUUUUAUUCUAAAAUAAUCCCCAUCCGUUCAGUGGCUGUCAAGCGCGCGAGCGAGAAAACCGCUUUUAUCGUUUUUGCGGUUUGGAUUGGAAGGGAAGGGGUUUGGUUUGUCAAAAACAGCUGGUAGAAGAAAAUUGUCGUCUGCAUUUGUUUUGUUAAAAAAUCAUAGUGAAAUGGAUUCAUUCGAAAUUCAGCUGAAGGUCAAAGUCCAACCUCCGGAGUGUAAGCUACAUAAGACGGAACAAUCCGGGAGAUCUUCCACAAUGGUUCACGACAAGUUCAGCAUCUAAGACAUUGAAAAAACUAUUCCCAACAGCCUGCGCGGUCAACAGCGAAGAUGUUGAAAUUUUUUCUAACCCUUCUUUCCAUCUUUUUAAUACUUUGCAGCGCAUGUGAUAACAACAACGAUGAGCAACCACCAGCAAUUGCGAGAGAGGAUUCAGAGGACUACUUCGACAAAUCCCACGAAAUACUUCUUGACACUUGGAAUUAUGGUAAACCUCUUUACUAUGAACCAAGCGCACUUCUUUCAGUGUAUGACAGCUUGAAUCGCCAUCCAGAGGGAAGAACUCUUUCCAACACGCACCAACCCUUUAUUAACCCAUUUACAAAUUAUUUCCUUAGCAGGAGAAACUAUCAAGUGAAAAACCAGCAUGUUGAAAGCCGAUUCGUCCUCGGUAAUUUGAUGAACACAGCUUUCUUCAACAAUAGAUUUAGUCCCGCCAACACGUUCAGACCCUUUGGCCGCUUUUCCGUUCGUCAGCCUUUGCUCGAUUCCUGUUUAACGUCUAGCGGCGACUCCGGAAUCUGUGCACCAGGUUCCGUUUGCUCACUAUUUGGUGGCCGACCAAGUGGUUCCUGUUCUCUAGGGAAAACCUGUUGUAUCAAUGCAAUCAAUACAUGUGGAGCCACAGUCACCCUUAACAAUACAUAUUGGCAGUCACCAUCCGUGGCAGUUAAUGCACCUACAAUUUGUGCACUGAAUAUCAAACUGGACAAUAAUUUUGUGGAACAGUUAGGGAAACCCAUUUGCCAAAUCCGAUUGGAUUUUGUUUCGUUCACCAUCGCACAGCCGACAGCCGGAACUUGCACCGAUACUUUUCAAGUUGGUGGGGCAACUACCGUGGCUCCCAUUAUCUGCGGUGACAACAGCGGGCAGCACAUGUACCUUGAUGUCCCAUCGUCAGACGUUACAUCCACCGAUGUUCAGCUGAUGUUUAAUUUUGCCACUGGAACCGCUACUCCAAGUUCCCGUUCAUGGAAUAUAAAAAUUGCUCUACUACCCUGUGGCGCGGACUAUCUCGCACCAGUUGACUGUCUCCAGUACUUCACGGCUCCCACAGGAAGAGUCAGCUCGUUUAAUUGGAGAGAUGUCCCAGUUAGUGCUAUUCGCCAACUCAACAAUCAGAAUUACAAUAUCUGUUUCAGGACUGAACUAAUCGACCGCCAGACUGGAACUCAGAUGUGUUUUUCAGUUUGCGCGACGACCAACGCUGGCGCCGGCUAUUCAAUAACCACAAACGAGGCCAUUCCCGGUAAUUCCCUUUUAGGAGUUGGGAACAAUGCUCAGGGUUAUUGCACUUACGACUAUCUUGGAAUUGGUUCUGCAACUGAUUUGGCAACUGGUCUUAUGGGAGACCGUUUUUGCGGAGAAAAACUUAACACGGCACGAGCACCUGGUUUUAAUUCCAGCAUUCAAUUGUGUACCAAGAGUAAACCAUUUAAGGUUAAUUUUGUAACCGAUGGGACCGAAGCAGCAGUUGUUGCUCCGGCCUUGGUGAUGGUGCCGACCGACACCAAUAACGUUGGAUUCUGCCUUGAUUAUCAAGAGAGAGCCAAUUAAGCAGAGAAGACUCAAGGACUGAUUUGAUGGAACGCGUUCCUCCAAGCGUAUUUACUUCCAAAAUGUUUUUAUGUAACCGUCCAUCAGCCGUUGUUAGAAUUAUUUGUGACGCCAUGCUAUAGGUCUCUUGAUUCUGCAGAGAGCAUUCUUUUUGAGACUAUUGGCUUUUUUCUACCGCGCUGUUCAUUAUCCAAUUUAAAAUUCCACACUUUUUCAUGUUACUAAUUUACUCGUUUUGUUGUAAUCAUGAUAACUUGGAGGAUAACUCGAAGUGGGUAGCUUCGAAAAAUUGCUCAAAAUCAAAUUACCUUGACAAUUAGAAAAUCAGUCAUAUCAUAGUAUGUGUUUUCGAAUAAUGAGCUACACCCGAAUGCAAAUUAAUUCACCGGGAAGUACAUGUCUAAAUUCGUCUAAAUUACGUUCAUGUUUUAAAUACAUAAGCUAUAUGUAAA